AUGAUGUGCAUUGCCUUGUUCUUCAAUGAACAGAGACAGGGCCCGGAGCAUCGGAGGGUUGACUCUCCUCCUCGAGUAUCCAGCAAAAAAUUUGAGCGUGAUCGUCAUCACGACCUCCAUUCCGAACACGCUCACCGUCGCAGCCGCCGGGAUGAUGAUAGAAGUCGGGAACGCCACCGUGAGGUUGAUCGCAAGCACCGUAAGAGUUCAAAAAAGCCAUCAUCGGAAUCAGAGCCAGUCACAGCUACCGAAUCAGAUGAUAAUCACAAGUCCAGUGUGUUCGCUCGGAUAAGCUUUCCAGAGGAGGAACUUUCUGGCAAACAACGAAAACCAUCAAAGUCUUCUCCAGCACCAGAAGUAGCCUCGGUCCCCGCGGCUCCAUCGGUUCGGAGGGAAAGAGAAUACGAAUCAAGUGAUGAUGAAGACAGACAUUUCAAGAGGAAGCCAUCAAGGUACUACGACCGGUCUCCUUCCGAUGACCGCCAUUCGAAGCACCGAUCAAAAGGAGAAAGAUGGCGGUCGUCUUGA